AUGGAGGAGGUAGAUUGCUGUUUACCGGUCACGAAGACGACAUCGGAAUCCUCAGAUGUUUGUCCGACGGAGGACGCCAUUAGAGCGUUGUUAGAAAACUUAGUAGACCCUUUGCUUCCAUUGAAGCCUUCUCCAAGUGAUGUUCCUUCGAAGGAUCUUCGAGAAUCUGUUGCUAAACAGGUUCAUGCAGUUGUGUUGCUGUACAAUUACUACCACAGAAAAGAGCAUACUCAUCUGGAGUAUUUGUCUUUUGAGUCAUUCCGUAGCUUGACUACUGUUAUGAGACCUGCUCUGAUGCAGCAUUUGAAGGAAUCUAGUGGAGACUGUGGUGAUUCGGAACAAACUUCGUUACUUGAGAAGGUUAUUGUGGAUGCAUGCAGUUUAUCCAUGAGCUUAGAUGCGUCUUCAGAUCUUUCUAUCUUGAAGAAAUGGCCCAUAAAGAAAGUUGCAGUUCUCUUAGUUGACUCAAAGAAGAAUACUUGUUAUCUUCAACACAGUUCAAUCACUCAAGGUGUGUGGUCACUACUUGAAAAGGAGAAAACUGUUGGUGGAGAUAAGAGUGAAGAGGUCAUGUUUCAAAAAGUUGCAUUUGCAGCUAUUAAGGAAGCUACUGGUGUUAAUCACAAAGACAUUGUGAUCUUGGAGAGGCAUUUGGUAUAUUCCUUGAGUGAAGAUAAGACAACGUCUCGCUUUUACAUAAUGAAAAGCAUUUCACAAGAUGUUUUUCCUGGAGAAAUUUCCAUCGAAGAAGCACUUAAUUGCAUGCAGGGUCCUUUAUUUGAGAAGAGCUUCUCUGAAUGGGCUACGAAUUCCAGAGUGGAUUACUUUCAUGUUCUUCCAUAUGCCAAUCUUAUAGCAGAUUGGUUUUCCAGGCGAGAAGAUACUGAAUUUGAGAUAGAGAAAGAAGUAGAAGCUAUAUGUGAUGAUAUCGAAAGUAAUGGAAAGGCAGAUGCAACCAAGGAGUUAGAAAUUCUCGACAUUCUUGCCAAAAAAGAUGCCGCUCCACUCAGCAUUCCUAAAGCUAGAAAAAAAGUUCCUCCGAGGAUCCAAUAUCGUAACCUGAGAGGAAGGAUAAAUGCUACAAAGGAAACCAAUGUCCAGUUGGAGACGGUAUUUGCGUUGAAAGCUAAGAAUGCAGAUAAUGAAAUGAGCCCUUGUAAGGGAAGCUAUUCGAAUGGAGAGAAAAGUGGUUUUGAGGUUGGGUUUGAUUCAAAUGAUCACAGAGAAAGAGGUAUUCAGAAGAAGAAAGCUGUUGAUGACAAACUUAAUAGCUAUCUUAAGCGUAAAGCAGCUCCUGCUUCUGCUCAUAACUCUAAUCUAAACCUGGAGGAGCUACAGACCACUCUUCUUUCCAGAGCAACAUCACUCUCCGAAACAGCAUUGAAGGUUCUUCAUUGCAAACGAGAUAAACUGACUCUUCAGCAGCGGUACAUAGAAGACGAGCUUGCUAAAUGUGAUAAUAGCAUCAAGAACAUCAAAGGAGGUAAUUUGGAGCUGCAACUUGAAACAAUACUUGAGUGUUGUAACGAUGCAUACCCGAGGCGUAUCCUAGAAGAAUCUCCUGACAAGUCAGCAUGCCAAAGCAACAAGAGGAUGAAGCUCGGUGAACCUCUUCCUUCUAAAAGUUUGUGUCAGAAACUCGAUGAGAUCUGUCUCGGGAAUAACUGGGUGCUACCAAACUAUCGAGUGUCUCCAUCAGAUGGUGGAUUUGAAGCUGAAGUAAUAAUAAAGGAGACUCUUUUCGCGUAUACAUUCUGUGGAGAGGUAAAGUCUGAUGCUGAGGAAGCUAGGGAAUCUGCGGCAGCUCGCUUGCUAACUAGGUUACUCGACAACAUAGCAUCCAACUUCUCAUGA